AUGAGCGGCGAAACUCUAUACGAAGCUCCGAGAAGGUAUAACGUGUCUAAGAUGAGAGUCCACGAUUAUUUAUAUGAUUCCGCCUUCAUAGUAUCAGGAGCGAGAGACUACGCGAGAACUGCGUUUAAAGCUGCGAUGGCGUCUGCGCAAGUUAUGAUCCAGCCGGUGUACAAAACAAUGUUCUCUGAACUGCGUCAGUUUCCAAGAAUGCAAGUUGUGUACCAUCCAAACUGUCGUCUGCCGCCACACGUGGAUCGCUCGUACGGCGCUUACUUGGAAAAAGUGGGGAGAGCACGUGGCGUGCCCGUUCCGGAGUUGGCGGGGAAGGAUCGAUUUAAGUACUGUGCUGUUCCAAAGAAGUUGUGCCCGAUGAAGUGUGCUACCCCUGACUUCCGGCCCCCGACUGAGUUGAUGAUCCCUUGCCGUGAGAAGCCGAAACACAGGGGGACACAGAGUUUGUAUAGAGAAUCAUCAGCUCAGACGACACCGUGGCAACCGGACGCGGUACCGGCUGAGGAGUGCGAAAACACACCGGAAGUGAUGUAUUUAGACAAAUUUGAGUGGGGACCGGGUACUCCGUAUCGUAAGGGUGACUUGCCAGCUGAUUUCCAUACGACAGAAAUGAUAAAUAAGAUGCGUCACGCGCGUAGAUGGUCUGAGUUGGUCGAGAGAGGCGGAUACCCUCGAUGGAUAAAGAAUAGGGAGGGCAUCAUCACGGAUAUAGAAACUAAGGACUGGAUAUUUAGGGAGGCGGAAAUCGAUGAACUCCAGGAUAUUCGUCUCGCUCUGCUCCAUAAGCUGCAGACUCAAAAGCGCAAGCAGAGCACGGAUCGCACAGUAACGAAGCUGGCGAAACUCUGGGCAGACAAGAAGACCGAUAUGGAACGGAAGAUUGAUAACAUUAGACGAAAGAGGGAUAGAGAACUUCGCAAACUGACAACCCUACACAACUGUGGUGGUAGAAUGGGCCUCGUCCAAGAGAUGCGCGCGGCUAGAGGCGGUGGGAGCGCUAUCAACGCCGCUCAGGAUCCGACGUCGGACCUGCACGCCCCACGAGCUCGGCACGGCUACCAGGCGAGGAGACGGCAUGCGGAGAUUAUUUACGAUCCCAAUUUGCUAUCUCUAGAAGACCAUGAACAGCUAUCAGCACCGCCCGUGUGGCUGCAGCAGUGCGGUCAGAAUCUGUCCCGGACCUGUUCCGGUCAUCACAUCCAACGUGACACGACACAGCUCUGUGAGAGGGAGACCAAGUGGAGCGAACAGUUUCUGGAGAAAUUGCAUAACGAUUUGAAAAAGGCUCGUCUCGGAGCGGCUUCAGCGUCAGCUGGACCUCUAAGAGUGCUCAAACCACGUCGGCUCGUAGAGACUCCGAGACCUCCAACCCCUGAAAUGGAAGCGGUCCCUGAGGAGGACGAGGCGUCGCACCAAGCGGCGCUGACGUUACAGAAAGUUUUAAGAGGACGUGCUGUGCAGAUUUUGAUGUUUGAAGGACGUACCAGGGCAGCAGAGCUCACUGAGGAGUUGAAGACGACGCACGGUCUGCAGAAGGAGGACCGAGCUCGUAUCGCCAAGGAAGAGUCCAGGGCCAGAGAUUAUCAAGCUAUACGCUCCGAGGCCGAGCAGAAGGAGGAAGCAAUUAGUGCACUAGUAGAAGAGCUGUGUGGGGGGGCGGUGUCAGCGGCUCUUGACUUCCUGGAGAAGGAGCUAAGGAGGCUCAAAGAGGAGAGAAGGCAACACGCCUUUAUAUUAAUUGCGCUUCGUGAGAAAACUUUGCGAGAAGCGGCGGAAGCGGGACGGAGACAGAAGGAGGAGCACCGUAGACGAGAACACGACGAGAUGUUUAAACAGGUACUGGGAGUGACCCACGAGACAGUGGACGCGUACCUGCGUGACGUCACGCGCGAGGCCGUGGAGCUCGCCGCGGAGGAGCAGGCCGUGCGGCGGGCCCGCGCUCGGGCAGACGCCGUCCAGCGCUCGCUGCGGGAGCACGGCUCCAUGUCAACAGCGGAACAGAACGAGUUGGUAGCUGAACUGGUCCAUCAGUUCUUAUUACCUGAAGCGCAUAAAGCGGCUUCGAGGCAUCGCGUGUCAGCGCUUCAAGCGACUAAACUGGAAGCGGCUAGGAGUUCGAUAUUCGAUGUUGUGGAUGGCGCUGAAGUCAAGAUAGACAAGUGUACGCGCUGUGGACGAAGAUUGGAUGACCAGUGCAAGUGCAGGUUCUGUGAAAUCGACAUGAAACCGAUGGAGACGAUGUCCAGGGAUGAUUCGCGUUGGAAACACACGAGGCGUCGCGAUGACGUCACGAAGUCAACAGAAGAACGGUUCCCCCCCCAGCACGAUAUACGCUACCUGCUCGACGAUAUCGUUGACGACGCUGUCUACUUAUCGCGUCUCCAACGUAAGGAAGGUGACGAGCUGAUGAUGUUCGUGUCGAGGGCCGUUCGGGAAGCGAACGAGAUCGCGAUCGACGCGAGGGAAGCUGUCGAGGAACUUAUAUCCCGUGCGACCGGCGACGUUGGGCCGAUCAAGACCUUGGAUUAUCACCACUACAUGCGACGUAUCCACGAAGACGCUCUAGCGAGAACUGAACCGUUUAAAUCGAAGACUGAUUGUCCCGCUCCGCUGCCGUCGGAGCUGCGGCGCCGGGCCGAGGAGGCGCUGGUAGAUGACGUGUGUCACUGUCGCGAAGACAGUAAAGUUCAGUUUAGUUUAGAAACAAUGGACACGAUCAGGAAAUCGAACCUAUUACCUUCCGAGCUACGACAGCUGGAAGAGUUGAGGCGCUGUAAAUGUGACACGGACCCAUCUCCGAGUACGACAUCUGUCGCCUCCGUCGCAAGUUCUACAAGUGAUGAAUACGAAGAGGAGGGGAGCGAAGAAUUUCAAUAA